AUGACUAAUUCACCCGCAGUAGCAGCAUUAGUGAAUGAUGAAUCUAUCUGGGAUUCUACAGAAGAAGACGAAUCAGUAGUAAUUGCUGAUCAUGAUGAAGUUGCCAUCAAUGGUGAUCAAGAAAGAGGGAAUGAAGGGUUGAAUCCAAACAAUAAUAAUAAUAAUGAAUGGUCCUAUGAUGUCAAUUCAGUACCCUGUUUAUCAUUCAAUAAAGAUGUUAUCGUAUAUGAUAAACGACAAAAUAUUCCGCAACAUUCAUCACGUAGUUCUUUGUAUAAGAUAAAUGAAGCUGACAAUACAUCUGAUGCUCAUUUGUCAAGACAUAAUGACUUAGAAAAUAAACCAGCUGAUUGUAUCCAUGACUCGCGUGAUGCGUUGCCAUAUUGUCAACCGCCACAUAAUCCAGUAGAAAUGGAUUGUCAUGAGAAAAUGCAUCAUUUAGAAAAGAAUUAUAUACACAGUAGUUGGAAUUGUUAUCUAAAUUCUUCACAAAUUGAAUAUUUACCAAUACCAGAUGCUAAAAUGGAACCAAUAGCUGAACGAGCACACAAUAAAAUUCACCAUGGUCUACGUGAAGCAUGUUUAGCACUGGGGAUUGUUUUUACAACGAUCACGUUAAUUUGUAUUGAACUUUUGCGUAUCAUUACAUUGACGAUCGUGAAACCAUUUUUACAAUUUCUACGUUUUCUAUCUCAUUUAAUUAUUAAUUAUUUCUGUGAUAUUAGUUAUAUACUGAGUGCACAUUGGGAACGAUUUAUUUAUCCAAUUAUUAAUUCAUGGGCUGCAUAUUCACAAGAUGUUGUUGUCCCAGUGAUACGUGAAUUUCGUCCAAUACACAUUAUAGUACAACAACAACAUCACCAUCAGCCGCAACACAAACAGCAACACCACAACCAGCAGCAGCUGCCGACGUAUUCAGACAAAGUGAUACAACAGUGUUGA